AAUUUCACAUUUUUGUUUAAGAUAUGACUGAAGAGUUCUUCGAAGAUGAAUGUUUCCAAUCAGUAGCCUUAGCGCCCAUAGAUGGUGAUGAUGAUGAAACAAAUGUUGACACUGGUCUUACAUCAGCUUCUAGCUAUUUGAGAAGUGUCAUGAAUGAAGCCAAAAAUCUACCUGAAGUAGCUAUUGCAGUUCCCACAGCUUUUAAGCCCAGUAAUGGCUUCAAAAAACAGUUGGGUCCUACUAUGCGAGUCUUUGCACAAGCAAUGAAAUAUCCUGAUGCUACUCUGAAUGAUGAAUCCAUAAAUUUUUCUCAGACUACUGCUGCAAAUGUACCAUCAGAAGACUGGCAGGUUGAACAAUUAGAACAAUUCAUAAUGCUUCAUCAUUAUAUUGAGGUUACAAAAGCUAACAUUAAAGAGAAUAAUGAACGUGGGCCUAAUAUUCCGAGUGCUAAUAACGAGUUCAUCUGGUGCUGCGAGCUUUACGGCAAAGAAUUUGCGUGCUCUGUGAUUGACAUUGAUGCAAUUCCAAGGACAUUCCGAAAACGACCGUGGUAUACGAAACUUAAAGAGGACUGCGCAGCCAAGAAAAGCCAAAAUGCUACACCGCUCGACAAUUUAAGUAUUCAUUCAACUGAAAAUGAAUUGAGUGAUGGCGCGGAAAGUGACUGCGGAACUGAAAUUUUGAAUGAAAGAAACGAACAGGUUUUGGAGAGUGACCAACCAAUCAGAGAACCAGUUAUGUCUUUCAUGAGUUUCCUCCCGCAAAAAGCUGUGGAAUGUCUGCUUGCUUGGCACCUGGAAUGGUUCGACAAUAUACCUAAUGAGAAAUCCGAUUGCGACAAAAAGCAUAUGUUGAACAGUUCCAAUUGUCUAUGGAUUUAUUCUCUCCUGGCAGUGUUAGAAAAACCAGUUAAUCCAGACACAGUUUUUACUUUGCGUCAGCUCUGUAGAUUAUGCAGGCAACUUAGAACUGUGCUGAAUUCUGAGGUUGAAGAUAUGGAUAUCACAAAAAACUUAGCAGCUAUUAAUUUGAUCAUUUUAAUAAUAACGAAAUAUUUUGAUCAACAUGAUCUUGCAGACACGUAACUGAAUAGUUUUUUUUUGUAUUGUUAAUGACAAGAGUGAGAUUUUGAUAAUUUG